CUGCUGACGACUCCAAGCUCGACGCUAGACGCUCGACGCUCGACGCUCGACACUAGACGCGCCAGUUUCGGUUUGCCGCUCACUCGCUACGGAUGUCGUUUUUCCUUUUGCGUGAUGAUAUUUUUUUUUUUUUUUUUUUUUUAUUAUUUAUUUAUUAAGUUAUUUAUUAAUAUAGAUUUAGAUUAGUUUAAGAUAUUUAGUGAUUCUAAAUAGUUUUUGUGCAGUGUAUGUGUGUUUUUGUUUAAAUAUAUGCAUUAAAAAGUGUGUUUUGCUUUAUUGGAUUACUUUUAACUGGCAAGGUGAAACAAAUAAUAAUAAUAAUAAUUAUUAUUAUUAUUAUUAUAAUCAUCAGUAUAACAGGAAUAACAACAAUAGUAACAAUAGCAAAAGAAUAAGUUUGAUGAGGAGUGGAUGUGCAGUGGGAGAGGAAGGAUGAGCUAGCAACAUGUGGAAGAAGCAUAAUCGGGGUGGCCAGUCCAUCUGGUCAUGGAUGUGGAUGUGGAUGUGGUUUAUAGCGGCUACCGUUGGCUCAGCAUCUUCCGGUGGUCAUAUCAAUUCGCUAGACUUAAACAGUCAAGAGGCAGAGGGAGAUAACCCGAUAACCAGAAUAGAAACAGUUAAUCAUGGUUCGAUAUUUCACAAAAAUCAUAAAAAUAAAAGUAAUAAAAAUCAUCAAAAUAUAAAUAAUGAAACAAAUUAUUUAAAAUUUAGUAAAAUUCAAUAUAAUGUAACAAUACCUGAAAAUUCAAUUGGUAAAACAUAUGUUUCUUCAUCAGAUAAUGAAAAAAUGGGGAUAAAAUUACCUUACUCUUUGUCAUCAGUAUCAUCGAUAAAACGGCAUCAGAUAGAUAUUAAAUAUCGUAUUGUCGGUGGCGAUCGUGAUAAAUUAUUUAAAGCUGAAGAGCUUACAGUUGGUGACUUUUGUUUUCUGUUGAUAAGAACUCGUACCGGUAAUGUUGUGGUAUUAAAUCGAGAGCGUAAAGAUCGCUAUGUAUUACAAAUUCGGGCAACUUGGACGUGGCGAAAUUCACCGGGCAAAAGUAGUAGUAGUAGUAUUAGUAAUAACAAUAACAAAACAGGAGAAGCUCUAAAAGCUUUAGGGGGUUUAAGUGGUUUAGGAAUUUUAGGAGCUUCAGGAACAACAAUUGUUCACCAAGAAACCGAAACAACAGUGAUUGUUAGUGUAUUGGACACCAAUGACCUAAAUCCCCUGUUUGUACCUAAUGAAUAUAUAGAGACAGUUACCGAGGAUACACCGUUGCAUAAAAGUAUCCUAAAAGUUGUAGCUGAAGACGCUGACUUGGGUAUAAAUGGAGAGAUAUACUACAGCUUUGCUGAAGAGACUGAACAAUUUGCUGUUCAUCCUGUCACUGGGGUCAUUACACUCACCAGGCCACUUAGAUACGUAGAACGUGCCAUUCACGAUUUAGUUGUUGUUGCUAAAGAUCGAGGUGCCCUGGACCGUGGGGUCGGCACGAUGAGUCGGUCAAGUACUGCUAGGGUUACCAUAAGGGUACAGCAAGUAAACUUGUAUGCGCCAGAAAUUUACGUAAAUAAUUUACCAGAUAUUGUUGAGAAUUCAAAUGCCGAUGUUUACGCCAUAAUACGUGUCGUUGACCGAGAUGAAGGUAUACACGGUGAAAUAGCCAGCUUGGAUAUUGUUGGCGGUGAUCCAGAUGGUCACUUUAGGGUGAGAUCUGGCCGCAAGCCUGGUGAAUAUACUAUUGAAAUUUUACAUGUUAUGGAUCGGGAAGGAGCAAGACAAGGUUAUAAUCUUUCAUUAAAGGCUAUUGAUAAAGGUACACCACAGAGAUUUAGCCAUAAAAUAGUACCUGUUCAUUUAUCUGACACUAAUGACAAUGCACCUGUUUUUAGUAAUGAAUUAUAUCAAGUUGAUAUAUCUGAAAUAUCACCUAUUAAUACGCCAGUUAUUAAAUUAAAAGUAACAGAUGCUGAUGAGGGUAAAAAUUCACUAGUAUCAUUAGAAAUAGUUGGUGGUAAUGAAGGUGGUGAAUUUAAUAUAAAUGGUGACACUGGUAUGCUUUAUACAGCAGUACCACUUGACGCUGAAAAAAAAACACUUUAUACAUUAACUGUUUCAGCUGUUGAUCAGGGUAAUACUGGUACACGUAAACAAUCAUCAGCUAAAGUUAAAAUAAAUAUAUUAGAUGCCAAUGAUAAUGAUCCAAUAUUUGAAAAUUCAGAUAUGAUUAUUGAAAUAGAUGAAAAUAAACCAAUUGGUAGUAAUGUUAUUAAAUUAACAGCACGUGAUAAAGAUUCUGGUGAAAAUGCUUAUAUAUCAUAUUCAAUAGAUAAUAUUGAAAAAAUACCAUUUGAAAUAGAUCCAUUUACCGGUUUAAUAAAAACAAAACAGGUAUUAGAUUAUGAAACAAUGAAACGUGAAUAUAUAUUAUCAGUACGUGCUAGUGAUUGGGGAUUACCCUAUCGACGUCAAACAGAAAUGCAAUUACGUGUUAAACUACGUGAUAUAAAUGACAAUAGACCGCAAUUUGAAAAAAUAAAUUGUAUUGUACGUCUAUCACGUUUUAUACCUAUUGGCUCUGAAAUUUUAACAGUAUCAGCUAUUGACCUUGAUGCUGGUAAUAUUAUUAAUUAUCGUAUUGAAUCAUCAAAUCAAGAAUCAUGCUUUUCAUUAGAUUCUGUUUCUGGUGUAUUGUCUUCUAUUUGUGAUUUUACUGAAAUAAUUGAUAAUGAAAUAAAUGUUAAUAUAACAGCUACUGAUGGUACACAUUUUGCUGAUAUAAAUUUUGUACGUAUACAAUUAAUAAAUGUUAAAACAAAUUAUGGUUCUCAAGAUAAAAUAAUUGACAGUGAAAUAAUAACAAAAACACCAACAGCAGCAACAGCAACAGCAACUAAAACAAAAGUUGGUCUCUUUAAUUGUCAUGAUACAGGUGUUGCAAAACGGCUUACAGACGCUAUUGAAUUAGCUGAAAAAAAUAAUGAACCAUUAUUGAAUAUUAAUAAUGGCGAUAAUACUUACAGUGGUGGUGUUAAUAACAACAACAACAACAAUAAUACACCACUUAAAUCACGUCGUUAUGGUGGUAAUGUUCAUACACCAGAAUUUAUUGAUUUUCCAACAGAAAUAAAGGUUAAUGAAUCUGUUAAAUUGGGUACUACAUUAAUUCGUAUUAUCGCUAAAGAUCGUGAUCUUGAUUACAAUGGUAAAUUAAUAUUCGGUAUAACAAGUGGUGAUCGUGAUUCUGUAUUUUCAAUAAAUCAACAAACUGGUGAUUUAAAUAUUAUUGGUUAUCUCGAUCGUGAAAGAGAAAAUGAAUAUUUUCUUAAUAUAACUGUUUAUGAUUUAGGUAAACCACAAAAAUCAUCAUCGAAAAUUUUACCAAUUAUUAUUUUAGAUGUUAAUGACAAUCCUCCUAAAUUUGAAAAACCUUUGGCAAGCUUUAAAAUAUCGGAAAAUGCAUUAAAUGGAACAAUUGUAUUUCGUGCUAAUGCAACAGAUAAAGAUUUAGGCGAAAAUUCUAAAAUAAAUUAUUCAUUAAUUACUGAAACAAAUGAUUUUCGUGUUGAUUCAAUAACUGGAGUAUUGAGUGUUUAUGGUAAAUUAGAUCGUGAAAGACAAGAAAUAUACGAAUUAAAAAUACGUGCCAGUGAUAAUGGUGGUGGUGGUGGUGGUGGUAAUAAUAUAGAUAAUUUACAAACAUCAUCACUUUAUUCAGAUGCUCUUGUUCGUAUUACAGUUGAUGAUAUAAAUGACAAUCCACCUAAAUUUCCAUUAUCAAGUUACUCUGUUAAAGUACGUGAGGAUAUUCCAGUGUCAACCGUUGUCGCUAUUAUUGAAGCAACUGAUCCAGAUGAAGGCCCCGGUGGUGAAAUUGAAUAUUUAUUGUCAGAUACCAUGGACACCAGUGAAGGUUACUUUAAAGUUGAUUUACUUUCCGGUACUGUCAGAACUAUUAAAAAUUUAGAUUUUGAACAGCGUCAAGUUCACACAAUAACGAUAAUAGCUAAAGAUCGUGGUGAGCCAUCACUGUCGUCAGAAACUAUGCUUAUUAUUGAAGUUGUUGAUGUUAAUGAAAAUAUUCAUCCUCCUGUGUUUGAUGAUUAUAUUGUUUCAACUAGUGUAGCAGAAAAUCAACCAAUUGGUACAAUAGUUACAACUGUUAGUGCUAAAGAUCUCGAUCCACCGGGUCAAGAUUCACGAAUUAGUUACAGUAUUCGUGGUGGCGAUGGAAUUGGAUAUUUUACAAUUGACGAUCAAGGAAAUAUACGAACCAAAGCUGUGUUGGAUGUUGAAUCAAAAGAAGGUUAUUGGCUAACUGUGUACGCUCAGGAUCAUGGUGUCGUUCCAUUAAGCUCACAAUUGCAAAUGUAUGUCCAAGUUUUAGAUGAAAAUGACAAUACACCGCUAACAGAAUUUCCCGUUUAUUAUCCGUCCAUUCCUGAAAAUUCUCCAGCUGGCGUUAGUGUACUUGAAAUAAAAGCAUUCGAUGGAGAUAUUUCACCUCAAGAUUUUACUUUUUCAAUCACUAGUGGCAAUCCUGAAGGCUAUUUUCUUAUUAACUCUACGACAGGUCUGAUUACAACCAGCAAUAGAAAACUUGAUCGUGAAAACCAAGUUGAGCAUAUUCUCGAGGUCUCUGUUAGAGAUAAUGGUACGCCACCUUUGUCCUCAACAACUCGUGUAAUCGUCCAAGUUGAGGAUAUCAACGAUCAUGGCCCGGAGUUUGAACAGAAAUUUUACACUGUUCGCAUUCCGGCUUCUCCAAACAUCGACAAGCCACUUUUCCAGAAAUCGAGGAACCGCUCGCGGGUGUACGACCUUUCAAGUGAUAGUGAUUCACUACUUGAAAAUGGAACUUGGGAGACAUAUACCCCCGAAAACAUGUCAGGAGAUGGUGUCUUCAGGGUACUGGCUAAUGACAAAGACGUGGGAGAAAAUGGAAAAAUAACGUACAGUAUCAAAGGCGGCCGAGGUAAAGGAAAAUUUCGAAUUCAUCCGACCACUGGGAUGGUUUAUUCACAAAAAAGCUUUGAAGUUGGACAAGAAUAUGAAAUGAUGAUUCGCGCCGCGGAUAACGGCGAUCCGCAACGUAGUCAUCAAACACGUGUAUCAGUUCAAGUUGUUGAAUUACCAAAAGAAUCAAAAUAUCCUCCAAUAUUUAAAAGUAUUAAUCAAAUAGCAACAGUAACUGAAAGUGAUCAAGUAGGUUUUCUUGUUGCUUUAGUACAAGCAACUGAUCAAGACGGUGAUACACUUUGGUAUGACAUUAUUGAUGGUGAUGAACGCGAUGAAUUUUUUAUUGGGCGUGAUAAUGGAAAUGUAUUAUUGGGAAGAAAACUUGAUUGGGAAACAAAAAAUAAUUAUAAUAUAACAAUAAGCGCGACUGACGGUAUAUUUACAGCGACAACUCAAUUAGUUAUAAAUGUAAUAGAUAUAAAUGAUCACCGUCCAGAAUUUUCUGAAGCUAUUUACCGUGUUGACAUAUCUGAAAAUGUUGAUAAGGGAGAAAAAAUUUUACAGCUUUACGCAACAGACAAAGAUGAAGAUAAAAAAGUUUUCUAUAGCUUACAUGCUGCACAAAAUCAAAAAUCACUUGAAAUAUUUCACGUUGAUUCAAUAACUGGAACUAUUAUUCUUAAUGAUUAUUUGGAUCGUGAAACUAUUGAGGAGCAUAUUUUAACAGUUAUGGUUCGCGAUCAGGGUACUCCUGCUAAACGUAAUUAUGCUCGUGUUAUUGUAACAGUUCAUGAUCAUAAUGAUCAUAUACCAGAAUUUACAAAUGAAAUAAUAAAUGGUAAAAUUUAUGAAACCUCACCAAUUGGAGCUAAAGUUGUACAAGUAAAUGCAAUAGAUCGUGAUCGUGGUGAUAAUGGGCGUAUUGGUUAUUCAAUAACAUCUGGUAAUGUUGGAAAUGUAUUUACAAUAGAUCAAAAUUUGGGAAUAAUAAAUACCGCACGUGAAUUAGAUAUGAAUGUUAUAUCUGAAUAUAUUUUAUUAGUAAAAGCGCAAGAUUAUGGUUCUCCAUCAUUAACAAAUACUGUACCAGUAGAUGUUAUUGUAACAAUGGCUGAUAAUGCACCCCCAAGAUUUUUAAAUGGUGAAUUAGCUGCUGAAAUUUAUGAAAAUCAACCAACUGGAAGUUAUGUUAAACAUGUUGAAGCAAGAAGUACAUCAUCAUUACAAUUUGAAAUAUUGCAGGGUAAUAAAGGUGAUAUGUUUUUUAUAAAUCCAAGUACUGGUGUUAUAACAACUAAAAAUCGUCUUGAUUAUGAAAAAAUGAAAUUCUACAAUUUAACAAUAUCAGCAACAAAUAUGGCCAGUGCAACAGCAUACUGCAAUGUUAUUGUUCACGUUUUAGAUCGUAAUGAUAAUCCACCUAAAUUUUUGCAGGCUAUUUAUAAAGGUAAAAUAAGUGAAGGAGCUAGUAUUGGAUCACUUGUUUUAACAAAUUCAAGUACACCACUAGUUAUUAAAGCUGAAGAUCCUGAUUCUGAAUUAAAUGCACUUUUAAGUUAUGAUAUUGUACAAGAUUUACCCCGAAAAUAUUUUCACAUUGACUCAAGUACCGGGGCUAUUAGAACAGUUAUGAUUUUAGAUCAUGAAACAAUUAAUUAUUUUGAAUUUAACGUAAAAGUAUCUGAUUUAGGUAAACCAAAAUUAUCAUCCGAAACAACUGCUAAAGUAAUGAUAACUGUCACCGAUGUCAAUGAUUGUGAACCUAAAUUUAUAAAUAAUUAUUACAAUGCUACUUUAUUAUUACCAACUUAUAAAAAUGUUGCUAUUGUACGAGUUGAAGCAAUAGAUCCAGACAGUAAAAUUAUACCACUUAGAUAUGAUAUUAUUGAUGGAAAUAAAGAUAAUAAAUUUGAAAUAGAUUCACAAACUGGAAUAAUAACUGUUAAAAAUACAGAAUUAAUUAAAAAAGUUUAUUUACUGCAUGUACGUGUUUCUGAUGGUAAAUAUUCAACAGUAACUCAAGUAAAUAUUAAUGUUGAAGAAUCUGAAAAUUCAGGAUUGGUAUUUCAAAAAAGCAUUUACGAAGGCACAAUUGUCGAAAAUUCAACUAAAAUAAUGACUGUUGCUGUAGUUAAUGUAUUGGGAACUGUAUUAAAUGAGUAUAUUAUAUUUAGUAUACUAAAUCCAACAGAUAUGUUUGAAAUAGGACAUACAUCGGGAGCAAUAAGAACAACGGGUAAACGCUUUGACCGAGAAACUAUUGAUCACUAUGAGCUUAUUGUUGAAGCUAAAAGCCAUACAAGUGAUCGAGAAAAACCAAGAGUCGCUCAUGUUAUUGUUAAUGUAACUAUUCUUGAUAUUAACGAUAAUUGUCCAAUGUUUGUAAAUUUACCGUAUUAUGCGGUUGUAUCUGUUGACGCACAAAAAUCCAGUAUUAUAACUAAGGUUCACGCAAUCGAUAUGGAUAGCGAUGACAACGGAGAAGUGAGAUAUGAGUUAAAAAAAGGUCACGGAGAACUCUUUCGAGUUUCCCGAAAAACAGGAGAAAUCUCACUUAAACAAAACCUCGAGGGUCAUAAUCGGGAGUAUCAACUGACGAUAGCAGCUUAUGACGGCGGUCUUACACCCUGCUCUAUUGAAGUUCCAGUCCAUGUUAAAGUUAUCGACCGUUCUAUGCCUACCUUUGAUAAACAGUUUUACACUGUAGACGUCUUUGAAAAUAUUCAAAUUGACUCACCGCUUUCACUUUCUAUUCAAGCUAAAUCAGAUCUUGAUCGAAAACUUAUCUACAGCAUCACCAAAGGCAAUGACUUUGAAGAAUUUACUCUCAACUUUAAUACCGCCCCCGACAAUAACAAUGGCCCUUGUACAAUUUACGUAGUGGAUGAGUUGGAUUACGAACAGAAAAAACAGUACGAGCUGACAGUAAGAGCAACUGACAGUGUAUCAGGUGUAUACGCUGAAGUAUUAGUCAGUAUUCUUGUUCUGGAUGUAAAUGAUUGCCCUCCAGAAUUUUCUCAAGACUCUUACAACAUUUCGGUAUCAGAGGCUGCGCCAUUCGGUACUUGGAUAUUAAAAGUCAACACUCGUGAUAAUGAUACUGAUAUGAAUCAACAAGUGGUUUAUGCAAUUGAAAACGAUACAGAAAAUAGCAACGAUCUUUUUCAUAUUGAUCCUGAAGAGGGUGUUAUAUUUUUAAAACGUUCAUUAGAUCAUGAAAGUCAUGAUUCACAUCACUUUACGGUAAUGGCUACGGACAGAGGAAACCCACCACUGUCAAGUACUGCUCAUGUAUGGGUAACCGUUAUCGACAUGAAUGAUAAUCCACCGAAAUUUGAACAGCCAUCGUACACAUGUUCACUCUCAGAGGAUGCUGAACGUGGUCAAUUUGUAACAGUUGUGACAGCAAGUGACCCCGACUACAUAGAUAAUAAUCUGACCUAUACAAUUGUCGGUGGUAAUGAUCAACAGACUUACUCUAUUGAUCAAUUAACUGGUAUUAUAACAUUGAUAAAUAUGCAAAAUUUUGGAGAGCAAAAACUUACAAUGUUAAAUGUAUCCGUAACAGAUGGUGUUUAUACUAGCUUUACUCGUGUUAAAAUAGAAAUAUUACCGGGUAAUAACAAUGAUCCUAAAUUUAUAAAUCCAUUAAUAGAAGUAAAUGUUAUGGAAAAUCAAUUACCCGGACGAUUGGUAACAACUGUUUUAGCUAAAGAUAAAGAUUUUGGUGAUUAUGGUUCAAUAUAUUAUUCAAUACCGUCAACAAUGAUGCGAGAUGUAUUUGAUGUAAAUCGUUUAACCGGUGAAAUAACAACUAAGAAAAAAUUAGACCGUGAAACAACUAAAUUGUAUGAAUUAUUGGUAAUGGCAACAGAUAUGGGCGGUAGAUCUGGUUUUGUAACUGUUAGAAUUCGCGUUACCGAUCAAAAUGACAAUUCACCAGUAUUUUAUUUAAAUCAAUACAAAGUAUCUAUACACAGUAAUAUAUCUAUAAAUGUACCUUUUAUCAAUGUAAGAGCUUACGAUAUCGAUGAUGAUGAAGCUGCUAAAAUAGAGUAUUCAAUAUUUGAGCCAGAAAAAAAUUCUCAAAUGAAAAAUAUAUUUGGAAUAAAUCCAGAUAAUGGUGGUGUAUUUUUAAUAAAAAAUCCUGUACCACUUGAAAAUCAACUAUUUGAAUUUUUUAUACGUGCUACUGAUAAAGGACCAACAAUUCAUCAUGCAGAUGUUCCUAUAAGUAUUUAUAUAAUAAGCCCAAAUGAUAUACCACCAAUAUUUGAAAGUAAAGAGGAUAAAUUUUUUAUUUCGGAAAAUUCACCUAUUGGAACACCUAUAACAACAUUAAAAUUAACAACAAAUACUACCGUUAAAUAUUUUAUUGUAUCUUCGUUAUCUGAUAAUGAAAAUGAUCAAUUAUUUUCAAUAAAUCAACAGGGACAAAUAAAAUUGGCUAAAACAUUGGAUCGUGAAUUAAAAGACAAUCAUAUUAUUGGUAUUUUAGCAGAAACAGAUUCAAGUCCUCCAUUAACAGCUUUAGCUGAAAUAUCACUUCAAGUACUUGAUGAAAAUGAUAAUCCUCCUAAAUUUGAAAGUAAUCGUUAUUCAAUAAAUUUAAGUGAAAAUAUAGAAGAGGGUACGUCAAUACUUAAAGUUAUUGCUCAUGAUUUAGAUUUGGGUAAUAAUGGUGAAGUUCGUUAUUCAUUUGGUUCAGAUAUUGGAGAAUUGGCAAAUGUAUUUACCGUUGACGCUUAUACCGGAUGGAUAUCAACAUUAGUAUCUCUUGAUAAAGAAAAACAACCAGAGUUUAAGUUUCAAGUUAUUGCAACAGACAAUGGAAAUCCAAAACAUUUUGCACGUACUUCUGUUUAUAUUAAAUUAAAUGACUAUAAUGAUAAUCCACCGUCAUUUGUUAAUGAUCAUUAUGAAGCAACAGUUAAAGAAGAUGCAUUACCAGGUACUGUUGUUGUUAAAUUAACAACUAUUGAUAAAGAUAUUGAUUUAAAUACACCUGUUGAUUUCUAUAUUACUUCUGGUGAUAAAAGAUCACAAUUUCAAGUAAGAUCUACUGGUGAAGUUUACGUUGCUAAAACAUUAGAUCGUGAAUUAAUUGAACGUUAUGAAUUGAAUGUUAUUGGUACUGAUGGUAAAUUUGUAUUUAGUACCAUUGUUAUUGUACAAGUUAUUGAUGUUAAUGAUAAUCCACCGUACUGCUUACGUUAUAGAUAUCGUGAAAUAAUAUCAGAAGGUUCUCACCCUGGUAGUUAUGUAUUAACAGUAUUAGCAACAGACUAUGAUGACAAUAUAAAUGCUAAAUUAAGAUUUUAUUUAACUGAUGAUAUGAAUGAAAAUAAUAAUGAUAAAUUUUCAUUAGAUCAAGAUACUGGUGUCGUUAAAACAAUCGGACAAUUAGAUCGUGAAACUAAAUCACGUUAUUUAUUAACAGCUCACGUACAAGAUCGUGAUAAAUCAUAUUGGGAGUGUUCAUCUCAAAUAGAAAUAAUAAUAUCUGAUUUAAAUGAUAAUCCACCAAGAUUUACAAUGAUGACAUACAAUACAGCAUUACCAGAAGAUGUUAAAGUAGGUACACUUGUUACUAAAGUACACGCUACGGAUGAGGAUAUUGGUAUUAAUCGUAAAAUAAUAUAUGAAUUUAUUGAUUCAUCUGAUGGACAUUUUAUAAUAACACCUGAUACUGGUAUAGUAACAUUAGCUAAGCCACUUGAUCGUGAGACUAAAGAAAUUUAUAAUUUAACUGUUAAAGCAAUAGAUCAAGGAACACCGCAAUUAUUUUCAACUGCUAAUUUAAUAGUUACUGUACAAGAUAUUAAUGAUAAUCCACCAGAAUUUACAUCUAAAUCAUAUUUUGCAUCAGUACCAGAAAUAGAUCAAGUAAAUACUGAAAUAGUAAGAGUGUUGGCCGAAUCUAAAGAUACUGGUAUAAAUGCCAUUGUUUAUUAUUCAAUAAUUGGUGGCAAUGAACAUAAAAAAUUUAAUAUUAACAAUAAAACAGGUGUUAUAACAAUUGCUGAACAGCUUGAUUAUGAACGAGCUCGUGAUUAUUUUUUAACAAUCCAAGCAAUUGAUGCUGGAAUACCACCAUUAAGUAAUUAUGCUACUGUCAAUAUAACUAUUACUGAUUGUAAUGAUAAUGCACCAAUAUUUAAUCAACUUUCUUAUCGUGGAUCAAUACGCGAAGAUGCACCUUUAAAUGAACAAGUAACUCAGUUAUUUGCCAGUGAUUUGGAUAGCAAUGAAAAUGGAAAAAUUUUUUAUUAUAUCGAACGUGGUGAUAGAUAUAAACAUUUUAAUAUUGAUCACAAUACCGGAAUAGUAACUGUUAAUGGAGGAUUAGAUCGUGAAACAAUUCCACAUUAUGCAUUAGAAAUUCAUGCACGUGAUAACGGGAAACCAGUACUUGAAAGUUUUGUUAUUUUAAAUAUUGAAGUAAUUGAUGCAAAUGAUAAUCCACCAUUAUUUUCACAAUCUAAUUAUUCAGCGGUCGUUCAAGAGGACAAAAAAAUUGGACAUGUAGUUAUUAAAUUUAUCGUUACAGACGCUGAUAUUUCACCAAAUGCUGACCCGUAUACAUUUGAUUUUCGUUCUGGUAAUGAGGGCGAUGCUUUUCGUCUUGAACAAGAUGGCUCAUUACGUACUGCUAUUAAAUUUAACAGCAGAGUUAAGGAUAACUAUUUAUUACAUAUCAGAGUAUUUGAUAAUGGUUCUCAACCUUUAUACUCAGAUGCUUGGAUAAAAAUUAAAAUAAUAGAAGAAUCACAAUAUCCACCAAUAAUAACGCCAUUAGAAAUAACAAUUAAUUCAUAUUUAGAUGAAUAUCCGGGCGGUAAAAUAGGUAAAGUUCAUGCAAGUGAUCGUGAUCAAUAUGAUACACUUAGUUACAGUAUUGUCCCGUCAUCAUCAUUAUCAUCAUCAUCAUCAUCAUCAUCAUCUUCAAUUAUUGGUGAUUUAUUUAAAAUUGAUAAAAAUCAAGGUACUUUAGAAGCUUUACCACGAUUAGAUGUCGGUGAAUAUCGAUUAAAUAUAAGUGUAAAUGAUGGCAAAUAUUAUUCAUAUUCAUUAAUUAAAAUAACUGUUGAAUUAAUAACUGAAAAAAUGUUGGAAAAUACUGUUAUUGUAAGAUUUCGUGAAGUAAGCCCUGAAGAUUUUAUAUUGAGUCAUCGUAAAGGAUUUAUGAGAACAAUACGUAAUGCUAUGAAUUGCCGAUUAAAAGAUAUUGUAAUAAUAAGUAUACAGCCAUCAUUUGAUGAAAUAAAUAUUGUUAAUAAUAAUAAUAAAUUAUCACGAGUAAAUCGGCAAGCUAUUCACAAUGAUUUAGAUUUACUAUUUUCAGUACGUAAAUCAAAUCCUAUUCUUGGUUUACCUGGUUUUUAUUCAUCUGAAAGCAUUCGUGAAGCAUUAAAUCAGCAUAUUGAAGAAUUAGAAGAAUCAACAAAACUUGUUGUUGAAGAAAUAGUUAGAUUUAAAUGUAAUAAAGGUCAUUGUAUUUAUGGUGACUGUAUUGAUAAAAUAAUUCUUGAUCAAAUAGAUUUAAUACCUAUUGCUACAGAUGUUAUGUCAUUUGUAUCGCCAAAAUAUAAAUAUAAAAUAGAAUGCUCUUGUAAAGAGGGUUACGCUGGUAAUAAAUGUGAAAUAGUUAUCAAUGAAUGUGCAACAGAUCCAUGCCAAUCAUUUAAAAUAUGUAUACCUGAUUCAUCAGUACAGGGUUAUACUUGUCAGUGUCCAGAAGGAUUUGCUGGACCAACAUGUGAUAUUGAUAUAUCUAAAUGUCACGAUGAAUCUUGCUAUUUACCACGUAAUCCUAUAUCAUUUACCGGUAAAAGUUAUACCCAUUAUAAAAUAGAUUAUGAGAAGAAAAGUCAAACUAUUGAAAAUAAUUUUAUUUUAUCAUUACGUAUUAGAACAGUACAACCAACAGGAAAUCUGAUGUAUGCUGCUGGUAAAAUAGACUACAAUAUAUUGGAAAUAGUUAAUGGUGCAGCGCAGUAUAAAUUUGAUUUAGGAAGUGGUGAGGGUCUUGUACGUGUUAGCAGUGUAUACGUAAGCGAUGGACAGUGGCAUGAAAUUCAUUUAGAACGUGAAAGCAAUAGUGCACGUCUUACUGUUGAUGGUAAACAUAUUGCUCAUGGAUCAGCACCUGGUAUCAAUGAUAUACUCAAUUUACAAUCAGAUGAUCUUUAUUUUGGAGCUCAAGUAAGACAGCAUCCAUCAAUAUUAGGAUUUGAAGAUAUUCAACGUGGUUUUAUUGGUUGUAUGGAUGAUAUUAGAAUAUCAAAAUUAUCAGUACCAUUGCAUAUGACAGGAAGUACCAAUAGCAACAACAACAACAACAACAACAACAAUAAUAACAUUGUUAUAUUAAAACGAUUUGCCAAUGUUGAAUUUAAUUGUGAUGCAUCAUCUAUAUUAAUUCCACCGGGUAUAUGCGGAUCUCAGCCUUGUCAAAACGGCGGUACAUGCAGAGAAAUAGACGGUGGUGAUAGAUAUGAGUGUCACUGUCAUGAUAGAUUCAAAGGAAUAGCUUGUGAAAUAGAUACUGAUCCAUGCGCAUCAUCACCCUGCCUCUACAACGGUAGAUGUAAAUUAAUAGACGGUGGAGGUGAUUAUAUUUGUGAGUGUACUGGACCAAAUUUAACUGGUAAACGUUGUCAAUUCGGUAAAUACUGUAAUCCAAAUCCUUGCAUCAAUGGUGGGAUUUGCGAAGAGGGUAAUAAUGCUCCUAUAUGUAAGUGUAAUGGUUUUACCGGUGAUCAUUGUGAUAUAGAUGUAAAUGAAUGUCACUCUAAUCCUUGUAUCAAUGGAGGUACUUGUGUCAAUGAAAUAGGUACAUAUCGGUGCAUUUGUCCACCCAAUAUGACUGGUAUCAAUUGUGUUAAUCCUAUUUAUUCACCGUCUAUUAUUUCUCAACAUUUAAAUAUUACUUGGGAACAAUUUAUUUGGAUUGGAAUUUCUAUUCUUGUUAUCAUAUUUAUUAUUAUUAUUUUUCUGACGUACAAAAAAAUUCGUAAUAAAAGAACGGACGCUUGUACAAAUAAUAUAAAUAAUGAAACACGAAAACAAAUUGUAUUAAAUUCAGCAAGGCCUAAUGAUCAUGAAUUCAAACGCAGCUCUAAACUCAGUAAUUUGGAAGUGAUACAGAGAGAACCUCCCCAAUGUCCUCCUAGACCUGCAUCCUAUACCCCGAGUUCUAACAAUGAACCGUCGUACGGUACGACAGCAGCUGUUGCACUAAAUAAUUUAGAUACUUUGAGGAGUUAUGGGAGCGCCGGUGAUGAACUUGAAAACUUUCCUCCUGAUUACUUGAGAAAUUUAAAUAGAAGCACCCCAGUACCUAAUCCUACACUAGCUUUAGCAAAUCCCGUUGGCGGAAACACUACUGGAAGUGAUGCUGACAGCUUACAUAAACCGACUUGGCAAGAGCAAAUGUAUCUCGCAUCGUUCAUCAGUGACACUGCCAAAAUAAAGAACGACCUGAAACGAGCGAGUCCAGUGGUACCAGAGCUGACCACUGGAGGACUUCUUCUAAAUUCAACACGAAGGACACCUCACAGAGGUACAAGUUCAAUCGCCUCUUUGUCAUCUUGCGAAGAUGAUCCUCGAAUAGUUGGUGGAUAUCAUUGGGACUGUUCGGAUUGGGUCAGGCCAAGUCAAAAUCCUUUACCUAAUAUCACCGAAGUACCUGGUAGCGAAGUACCAGACUCGUCAAGUUUUCACAGUAACGAGAGCAAUGAAUCAAAUACACAUCAAUUACCAUUAGUUCACAGUUCAAUAGACCCAUCACGAGACAUAUCAACUCUAAAUGAAGAUCAGGAAUCUGAAUACAUUGGAGACUCUGAGUGUGGUACAGAGUUUUCAGAACAUUACAAUUGUCCUGAGAGCCAACGACUAAACCCGUUGGAUAGUGGAGGAGAAGGAGAAUACAAAUACAAAGAUUCAGAUAGUUAUUUGAGGCAUCCAAAUUCAUAUUUGCCUCAUUAUAAUAUUCAAACAGACACUGAAAAUGAAAUGAAUCCAUUGAAUGGUCGUCUGAGUACUUUGGAAUCUGACGAGGAAGAAGAUGAUGUAGUGCCUUACGGAUUUCCAAGUGUACGUCGUAACAGAUGUAAAGGCGAGGAUAAUGAUGAUAUUGGUUCGGUUAUUACAACUCUUGAAGAACGAAAUUCAUUGUUAGGUGGUGGAACGAGUAAUAGCGAUUUAUCAACUAAUUUAUGCGAAAUCGAUGAUUCAGAAUGUGAAAUAAAUGAUAAAAAAAAUAAUGCCCGAAUGUGGUUAUCCGGUAACGGUGUUACACAAACUUCUGUGUGACAUUUAUAUAAAAUUACGAAAUAUUUAUUAUUAUUACUAAUUAAGUAAAUGAUAAUAAAUAAUAAUAAAUAUCUAAGUGUGAAUGA